CAUUGUAACAAACUCUGUUUAAAAUUAGUUAUCAAUUUGGUUAAAUUUAGAUUGCUUCAACCUGAAAAUAUUCGUAUACACACAAAAAAUACUAGAUGAUAUUUUUAUCAUUGUUAGCUUGAAAUCAAAUAGGUAUCAACCAUAUGAAAUGCCUGUGAAAGUUCUCAUGUUUUGAAUGUAUACAAUGAUGCCGUGAGUGAAAGAAGAUCCGAUGAAAUAUAAUAGCAAUUGAAACCGAAAAUUUCUCAAUUUUCUUGAAUUUCAUGAUAGUAGGGUAGGCUGUGGUUUUAUUAGGCAUGGAUGAGCAGAGGGGAGGCAGGGUGAAUGGAAUUCGACAGAUUGUGAAGCUUAAGGAAAUUAUUCACAAGUGGCAUCAUCCAACAAUUGGUCACAAGGCGGAUCAUGGUAGCUCUUCUAAUCCAUCGCCUACCCGAGACAUUUCACCAGAAAUUAGUAAGAGAUUGAGUGGCUGCAAUGUGUAUGUUGAUCUAGAUGACGAAAGCAGCCAAAGUCUAGAUCCACCGCAAGGCGUUCCAAAAGGGUCCUUGGCUGUUUAUGUUGGUCCGGAGCUUCGAAGGUUUAUAAUUCCUACAAGCUAUCUUAGUGAUCCCCUGUUUAAGAGGCUUUUGGAGAAGGUUGAGGAAGAAUUUGGAUUUGAUCAUAGCGGGGGGCUUACAAUUCCCUGUGAGACGGAGACCUUCAAGUAUCUUUUAAAUUGCAUGGAGAAUCAUCAGAAGGAGCUUGGUGUUCAUGACAAUGCAGCUGAUAGUUGAACAGGCAAUGAGGAUUGAAAAGAGAGCCGCUCAGCCACAACUUAUGUUUGGACUAGUGAAUAUUAUUCUGGUGUAGGACUACCAGAUCAAAUUUAUAUCUCGAGUAAUUGCGAGAAAUAGAGAAGAGGAAAGGGAAAAUGAUGUUGUAGGAGCAACAGGUGAAUAUGGAUAUAUAUGUAUGUUUACUGUUGUGAUUGUUUUCAGCUAGAACUGCUGAUGUCAAUGCAAUUUUUUUUUUCUGGUUU